AUGGCCGGCUGGGAUCAGACAAACGACACAGUUGUAAAUUUGGUUGCCGUUACCGCUGGGGGGGAGAGGACGACUUUUGAUGUUCCCCAAGAAACUUCCAUCCUGGCCUCGUUAUCCACGACGAAUGCCGUCGCCUUCUUUGGUGAGAAGUCUAUUAUUACUCUGGGCGGCUUGGACGGAUCCAAUAUGAAGUUUCUUCUUCCCCAAACCUGUGACGGAACGAAGCUGAGGGGAGUUUCACGCGGCGAUUCCGUGAGUGGCGUCUCGCUAGUGUGGUACUCUGGCGAAGCCCGCGAUUGUAUCUUUGUCCUAGAUGCAAAAGGCAAACCACCCACUUUCUUGGCAGGUCUUGGCGGAAAAUACAGUGAUGUGGUGAAUGUUCGUUACGGUAAUAGUUUUGGCUUGCUCACCUCAACCAGUUUUUCCGUCUUGAGCUACGACGGCACAGUAGUUGACAGUGCCGACGUGAACAACCCGGCCUACGUCUCGUCGUUGUCCUCAAGCGAUAGUGGUCAAGGCAUCUUUGUGGUGAUCUCUGCUGAAAAUGUGGUCACUUGCUUUCAGGUAAGUGGCUUGCUACGUGUUUGGAACUAUACACUACACUCGGCGUCAAGGGCCCCAGUCACGUACUACAACGAGGGCAUUUUUAUUUCCACCGAGACUGGACCAUUCUUUCUGACGCUGGAGGAACUCACCUAUCCGUGUCGUGAUCGAGCAUUUUUUAAUGUCACGCGUCUGCCCAUGGAGGGCCGAUCCACGCUGCACACAAAGGUGGUGGUGGACGAGGAGUACGCCAUUGCAUUUGUCACCACGUAUGACACAUUCUAUGCCUUUGAUGCCAUGACAGGGGAAGUUAUUUGGCAACGACAAGAUCUCUUGGCGGUGGCUGACACCGUUGUCAUUCAGGAGGGCAUGGUGGUGGUGGUUAGCACCGAAAGCAGUGGCGUGGUGUUUCUAAAUCCGUUCACCGGGGCCUCGCUAUUGCACGUUGCCAAUACUGGACCGCGGAGCGGUGAGAUUUAUCUUUCCGCGGAUAAGACGGUUAUGGGUUUUGGUGGUGUGAUGUCCACCGCAAUUAACAUCACUGACUAUGCACAUUACUUUAGCGGGGUAAGGGCAAACCGUCCCAAGCGCCCAGCACCGCCAGCGUACAGGCCGUACAACUACGGUCCCAAUGACCGGCCGAAUGAUUGCUCCAAACCAGACAGCGCGGGGAUGCCCAUCUACACAAGUUUGCCACAGCUCUGGGCCUCUGCGUCACACUACGGACAAACAGGGGCCAAGCAAAGUGUUCUUGCCAUGACACCUGGACAGAGGAGCGGCUGGGUUGCCUCCUUGAGUGAGCGAACGGUGUACAUUGCCCGUGCCUUGGAAGGCGCCUUUGCCGAGACCACGCGUUUUACCUUGAAGAAAACUGGAUGUGACGUCUUGAAUUUGUACGCCAUCAACUCAGAGCGGGCCUAUGUAAGCGUUAGGUGUGCCAAGGAAACAUAUUUUUACAACACUUCAGGAGCACAAAUAGGGAGCAUAAAGCGUGCAGCGAAGAACAGCAUUUCCGUUGUCGUAAAAAGUAGUGGAUAUUUUGUGAACAGCGACAACGUGAUUGAGGCUGUGAGUUUGACUAGCUUCCAACCACUGCCUGCAUCUCCUGGUAAGGCCAAGUGUACGACGGAGUUUGACCUUCUUGCCGCUCCUCGACUAGAGCGUUUCCUAUUUGUUUGCCACGGUGUGGGUGUUCAAGUCUUGGAUUACGCAUCGCUGGCACAAAUUGGCAGUACAAUUACCGCUGGAACGGAUCAAGACCGCUUCACAAUGUAUGAGGUGGAUGAAAGCCUUGCUGUGGCCGUCGCUUGCGGUGAAAGUGCCUCGGGUGUGUACAUGGUGGCCUUCACCUUGGACACAACAGCAAAACUUGUCGUACACAACGAGACGGCCAAGGGCACCCCUUUUUGUGGUGUUAGGUAUCCUGCGUAUCCCAGCAACGCCGAUCCAGUGAUCGUCUUCGCCUACCCGAAUGGGUACAAGACCUGGGUCGUAAAAGGUGGACAAAUUAAGCUGUCAGAGGUGGUGCCCAAUACCUAUCCUGCAGCCAUUACAAGCCAUGGAGUGAUUUACUACAACACAGGGUACGAUUACUAUUUCCGAGCUUACGGAGCAUCGAAGAGUUCACUUUUGAUCAGUUCGCAGGCAAAGCCCAGCGGAAGUAUGAUGGUAAAAGGAGCGGAUGGUUUUAAAGUUACUCCGUUAGCCAUCAUCUAUGGAAAUGGAUUCAGUUUUGCCGUUGACACCUCUGUAGCAAACCCCACAGCUCAUUGGGGCGACAAUGGCAUGAUUCAGUUCAAACCUGCAACACGUUUCGUCUCCUUUCCUCCGUUUGUUUACACGACAGCCGACAAUUCGUUUGUGGGGCUUGCGAUUCUCGAGGGUUCUUUUGCUGUUCAAGGAAAUUUUCGAAUGAAUACGGCCCUGGUAAAUAACGAGCAACGCGUGUUUUUGUCGCAAACAAGGACAAUUGGCUGUAUGAGCUUGGACGGCCGAGUGCUAUGGAAUCUCGGUUUUUCAAAUGUUAAUAGUCCGUACAUAACAUUCAGUCCCGUUGUGCUGAGUAAUUCCGACUUUGCGCUCGUGUCCGGUGGGGUACUUGCAGCGGCAAUAAUCAACAAAAGAACUGGAGCAGUUGCGAGGACAUUUCUGUUUGAGAGAUGCAAAGUCGCUCCAGACUCUCCCGAUGCUCAUGUGGUUGUUAAUGGAACUCUUGUGUACGUUGGAAUUGUUGGAUGGUCAUGUGUGCACAUUGUCGACCUCAAUCUGCAGAAUACAAGUGGCAAAAUUACAGGACCGGAGGUAAAAGUAUUGGAGGUGGAAGGUGUCAUGGCUGGGCUUCUUCCAGGGUACCCGCUUUUGGCGAGGGUGGAGUAUGCGAAUCACUUAGUUUUCGCGAUGGAGCCCGAAGGCGGUGAUAAAAAACGUCCAACAGUUGUUGUGUACCGCGUAGAUGACGUUUCCUCUUCUUCAUGGACGCGACUUUGGGGGACGUCUGUGCGCCUUGACUUGGGUUCCGUCUCUACGUACGGCUACUUCCUGUACACUGCUGCGGGCGCGGUACUGAACGUGUACGAUUUGCUGACGGGAAGAUAUGUUUGGGGGUAUAUUUUUGAAACAGGCGUUGCAGGACCAGUUUUGGGCGCAGAUCGCACGUUGUAUGUGGCCACGCAGGGUGGUCUCCAAUCGCUUCGUUCUCCGCUGAGCAUACCAUGGUCCCUGCGUCGCAUGGGCAACAUCACCUUUCCAAAGCGCAGGGCCGAAUCGCCGUCGACCACCGUUGUUGGACCGGUACGUACGCCUUAUGGGCAUGUUCUCUUCUCUAACGCUGCUGGCACGGUUGCCUACGCACACGAACGUGAAGGCCCCGCAACCAAAUUGGCCUGGUACGCCGAAAAGGCUAUCUAUCGCUUUGGUAGGUCAGCUUUGAACGCCACCGCGGUGGUUGGCCUGUUUGACGCGACGGAUGGCACGGGAUUUCUGGAUCUGACAUCGGGCAGGAUGCUGUGGUUGAGCGGCGUCUACCCAUCGAGCGGCAUCACCAACGGCGUCGCAUUACCCCCAGCCCCGUUCUUCGUCUGCUCGUUUGUCAUGAGUAGUCCGACAUGUCGAAGGGUGCCUCUGUCCCUUAUUGCUCCUCGCCACGCCCUCCCUUUGUACAGGUAUGAGUCCGAGCCAACCGAGACGACACCGCCCGAUUGGGACCCGAUUUAUCCAGACAGUAGUGGCUCCGUGCCGUUGCAUCCAUCACCGCGCUGCGUAUCCAUGAUGCACGCCUACAUUCCCCCAUUUGCCAACUGUGUUGACAAGGCCAUAGCAACCAUUUACACGAACGGUAGAGCAACGGAGUUAGAAUGCCCUAAUUCCCUCGUUUUGAUUAAUAAUUGCAAACACGCCUUACAGGAGUUGGCGGACGCGUGUCCUGACGUUGCUGCAAGUGUGAUGGAUAAUUGGAAAAGACAAACUUUGGAUGAGACCUCCCCCUUGGGUCUGUGUAAACCAGCAGAGGCAGAGGCGCGCUGCCACACGAAAGAUGACUCGAUAUUAUCUUUUACCUGCACCCUUGUGAGCUUGGAGUUUAUCCUCAACGGCUACGAAAACCCCAUUGGCUACGAACUUGGCUACCAGCUGCCAACAUUUUUCUUUCCCACAAAACCGAAAACUGUGAACGUUGCUGCCAUUGUAGGUGGGGUGAUGACGGCCCUUGUCGUGAUUGCCAUUGGUGCGGCGGUGGGAGUGUACUACUACCGGAGAAAGAAGAAGGUGCGGGAUGCACGCUUCUUUGAUGACGACGUGGAUGCCUCCCUGCUCGGCAGCGAGAGGAAUGACCAGCCAAUGAAGCCCAUCUCCAACCGAAGUCACACGUACAGCUCAAAGGAAGGCUCAAUCAACGCUGGUGGGGAGGCGUCACGCGCGCAGCAGCAGCAGCAGCAGCAACAGACUCCGCCGCUCUCAUCUCCACCGGCACCCAACGGCGGCUUUCCUGCGACGCGGGAAGCUGCAGCAGUAAGAACUCCCGCAGCACCCGCACACGCACCGGCAGUAGCUGUCGGCCCUAAAAAGAUGCCUCCCAAAAUGCCAAUGAAAAUGCCGGGUAAAAUGCCACCGACAAAGGCGCUUGGUCCUAAACUGCCGCCGCAGAUGGCGGCGGCAAAAAGACCAGUGCAUGGGGGGCCAAUCAUUGACGAUGACCUGUAG